AUGCGGAACCUGCACCCGCGGAACGUUUUGGCGGAGCGGAGAGGAGAUCCGCCGCGCAAGUUCGGUGUUCUGACUGGUAUGGCGAUGUGUCAUCGCACCUUCGCCGAUUCGCCGAGAAACAGCCCGUUUCCCGCCCUGACAGUCCCAAAGUUCGUGCAACGGUCGCUAGUUCUCGAAUUCUUUGUCGCCAUGUCAGAGCUAGAUUGUCUACGUGGGAUCGUCCGAGAUUGCCUGGACAAGAAUCUGAUUAGCUCCGCUUCGUUCCUCGCCGAUAAGCUCGCUUGCUUAUCUUCUCAGGAUCCUGAGGACGUCCUUCUUUUGGCACGAUGCUACUAUAAUUCGCGGCAAUUCAGACGAGCAUUGAGGCUUUUGCGGGCCGAGGAUCUUGUCCAUUCCGACACUCGCUUUCGACUUCUUGCAGCGAAAUGCUUGGAGCAAGUCAACGACUGGGAGGAAUGCCUUGCAUUGCUGGAAGACGCUAACAACUUUGGAGCUACUGCUGGGAAGAGCUGGUCCGGCUUCCCGGUUACGCCGGUACCUGGUGCAGGAUUUCUCACGCCCACUGACGGUAUUGCUCCGACGAGAUUGGAUCUGUCGACCCCGACAUUUGGAGGAGCGUCUGAAGAUUCGCCACGGAAUGGAAUCAAGCCCGCAGCUGCGUUCAAUCUGAUCCGCGGACGCGCGUAUGAGGCUCUCGGAAAUCGACCAAAAGCGAUUCAUUGGCUUUCAGCUGCGCUACAGGCUGAUCCGUUUUGUUCAGAGGCCUUUGACGAGCUGAUGGAGAACCAUAUGCUAACAACAGAGCAAGAGGUCGAUCUGGUCGAGUCUCUCAACAUCCCUGCUGGCUUUGAGUGGCUGCGUCUGCUCUACUCGUGCCGCUGCAAGAAGUAUGGUCGGGAGGACGCAGUGGAGCAACAGCUGAAGCUGCUGGAAGGCCCUUCGCCUCUCUCCAACCAGCCUACCCGUCUAGGCACCAGACGAACCUCUGCUCGCCCCACCUCCACAUCCUCGCAAACGCCUGCACCUGCCUCCGCCGCCGCCGCCGCAGCUGCUGCUGCUGCUGGUGGUUUGGCUGCUACUGGUUGGGGUGAUGCUGCAAAUGGCGCUGGUCAGGGAGUGGGUGACAACGAGGAGAGAGUUGGGAAGAAGGCAGGGGUAGGAGUUGGGCUAGGAUGGGCUUCAAAAGACGGUGGUGGUGGUGGUGGUGGUGGUGGGAGGGGAAGAGGGAGGACGGUGGAGCAAGGGUUGCUGGGCGGCAGUGGUGACGUGGCAACGAGCCGUGCUGAGCUGAUGCUGCACGUGGGGCGAUACGAGGAUGCGUAUCGGAUCACAAAGCAUGUAUUGGAUCGAGACCCGCACGACACUCGCUGCAUCCCCACCCAUCUGGUAGCAGCCGUGCACCUGGGCAGGAGGAACGAGCUCUUCAGAGCGGCACACCAACUCGUGGAUGACCAUCCCAACACGGCACUGGCAUGGUUUGCAGUGGCGUGCUAUUACUACUGCAUCCGGCAGCACGAUCAGGCGAGGCGGUUCUUCUGCAAGGCCACCACCGUCAGUGCUGCCUUCGCCCCCGCGUGGAUGGGCUUUGGGCACACGUAUGCGGCACAGGAGGAGACGGAUCAGGCCAUGGUGGCUUAUCGGACGGCUGUGCGGCUCUUCACAGGCUUCCACGUGCCUCUGGUGUGCAUUGGCAUGGAAUAUGCACGCUCCAACAACCUCAGUCUAUCGCUGCAUUUCUUGGAUGAGGCGCGCAGGCUGUGCCCCUCAGACCCGCUGGUGCACAACGAGUUGGGAGUCAUUGCCUACAGAAGCCUCGAUUUCACCUCAGCAGCGCGGCACUUUGAAGUGGCUCUACGGCUGGUGGCAGGGUACGGAGCAGCAGCGGGAGAGGGAGGAGGGGCAGAGUGCGAGGGGGCACGUGGGAGUUCAAAUGCUGCAGCAGGGCGGCAGGCUGUAGUGGCAGAGUCGCUGGGUCUUUGGGAGUCAACCGUGGUCAACCUCGGUCACUCGUACCGGAAAAUGAGGAGAUACAGCGAUGCGCUGAUGGUGUAUGAGCAGGCUCUCUCUCUCCGCUCCAACACUGCCAGCACCUUUGCAGCCAUGGCCUUCACGUACCACCUGCAGGGAAACCUCAUCCCCGCUAUUGAGUUCUACCACAAGGCGCUGGGGCUGUGCCCGGGAGACAGCCUGUCUGCUGAGAUGCUAGGCCAAGCACUGAAGGACGAGUGUGCUCUCAUGUCGGCUGCUGCUGACGACCAUGUGGGGCCUGAUGCUGUCCUGCUGCUCUUGAAUGCAUGA